AUGAUUAAAAUGAGAAUUUUAUUUGAUAUUAACAAUAAAAAAUUUUAAAGGACAAUAAUAGCAAAUAAAUCUCAAUUUAGUUGUUUUGCUCUUAGUGAAAAAAAUAAUUUAUUAGUAGCAGGUCUUUAAAAUCAUAUUUUUUUUUUUUGGGAUGAAAAUUGUGAAUGGGUGUUUAAAUAAGAUUUAGAAUCAAUCGAAGGAAUUGAUUGGGUUUAUAGUCUAAGCUUUAAUGAGUCUGAAAAUAAAUUAAUCUCAUGUAAUGGAGAUAAUAAAAUAGCAAUAAUGUAAUAACCAUGUAAUUAAUUAUAAUAAUGGAAAAUGGUUUAAAUAAUUAAUAUGGAUAAUUUUGUUACUUAAGCAAUCUUUUUUGGGAAUGAUUCUUUUAUUAUUCAUCCUUGGAUGAGCAAUAAUAUGUUAGUUUAUAAUUUUAAUUAAUAAAGUAAUGUAUUUACUUUAUCAAAUUCAUUUCUUAUGGAAGGAGAAGGUUAAAGUUGUUAUUCCUUUAGUUCAUUAUACAUAAAGUAUAGAAAGUUUAAAUUUAAUACAAUUUAAAAUUAAAAAAAGUUUAGAGAUAAUUAUUUAUCAAAUAAGAUAAAAAUUAGCUUUGCCUAUUUUUAGUAAACAAAGACUAAGAAUUAUAAUUAUUCUAAAGAAUUAGAUUUCAGGAAUGGCACAUUUGGGGAACUAUGA